AUGGCCACCUUGCCCCGCGCUAGUAAAAUAACGUCUCCGGGUGGUAGUUUAUUCGCUCGACGACAAUCGGAAUUUGAUGCUGGCCUGAACACCUCAGCAGCUUGGACCGAACAUCUCGAACGCGAGGGGUCGCUUUCCGACGAAGAGCUUGAUUCAACGAAUCAGGGAAUAGGGGAGCUUCCUACUCGUCCGGCUCGAGCAUUGUAUGAUUUUCUGGGGAAGCCAGAAUUCAAGGAACUGACCGUCGACGCCGGCGAUGAGAUACAUGUGCUUAAGGAAGAUCUUCCCGAUGGCUGGAGUCUGGUGAAAGCCGCAAACAGUGAGGUUGGCUUACUGCCGAGAGCUUAUUACACAUUCACAGCGGACUUUGUGCAAGAACCAGAAACCGCGCGCCGAGCAGCCUCGACCGACUCGACGGAGUCCACGACUCCCAGAGGGUCGCCAACAUUGUCCAAGCUUGUUCCCCAGACCACUGGAGAAUACUGGCGAAACGCAUUCCCAAGCUUUCGGCAAAGUCUCCUCGGUGGCAAAAGUCUCAAUAGAUUCUCCAGCUUCGUGACCAGCGGUGCCGAGGAAUGGGUACUGAAGGGCUCCGAGAUCCCAGUGCUGCCGCCUACUCAUUCGAAGGAAGAUAGCACGGUCUCGCUAAGCGAGGAUGAUAUGGACAACCGGCUCAGCCAGAUAGGGAAAGGAGAAGCUGAUCACCACUUCGUGGACGUUGGUCCUUCAUGGAGAACUAAGCUGCCGCCAUUCAAAGUACUCGUCCAUUCACCUUCAAAGCGAUCAUCGACCUUGACAGGAGCAUACACGAUAUAUGGUGUUACGUCUCUAUUCCAAGACUCCUCAGACGGUCCCACAAUCCGGGUCACCGUUUAUCGUCGAUUCUCCCACUUCGUGAUCCUGCAUACUGCUCUCACGCGACGGCUGCCCGGAAUAGCCCUGCCACCUCUCCCCGACAAGCAGUACACGGGUAGAUUCAGCGAUGAAUUUGUCGAGGCUCGAAGAGGAGACUUGGAGCGAUAUAUAGGUCGCGUAGUCCGCCACCCGAUCGCCCGCUACGCUGAGAUCGUGACUUUCUUCUUGGGAUGCGAAAGUGAUGCUGAGUGGAAGCGGCUCAUCCCCCAACAUCUCUCUCUACCAGCUGCUGGUCCUUCAUUUUACGCCCGUGUCUUCCAUCCCGCUUUUAAUCUCGAUCUUGACGAUGCAAACGACGUCGUAGAGCGCUUCGAGACCCAUACAAAGGCUGUCGAGCAAGGUAUCCAAACUCUGCGGAGCGUGUUUACUGGCGUUCGUGAAGCGCACGUAGAAAUGUCGAAGUCGAAUCGUCUUCUAUCGUACUCACUCCUGUCUCUGAUUACCUCGAAGCCCCUAGCAAGCCCCUCCACACCAGAUAUCUCUGAGUCAGAUGGCACAUCCGACCCUAAGACGAAAGGCCUGUCGAAUGAUGACGGCGCCUGGUGCUGGAGGGAAGAAUGUGAAGAGUGCCUGAAAUUGACGAAGGCCAUGCAGAAAACGACGGACACGCUCCAGAACAUAGCGGAUCUGUACGACGACCAUGCUAGGCGAACGCAAUUAGCAACCCACGAAGCCAUGAAAGGCGUCGCCCAUCCAUCUUCUCUGUACGAGAGCGUUAUUACCACGCACCGCUCCACUCUUUCUCGUUUCAAGGACGCUACCCGCGACGGUUUGGAGGAUGAGGACAUGGCCUCUCGAUGUGAAACCGUGCUGAAUACGACGAUGGCCGAAAUGGACACGUAUCACACCCAGAAAGUAGAGGACUUUAGUACGCUAACGAAGGAACAUCUCGACGGGGAGAUUGCCUUCCAUGAACAGGUCCUCUCGCGCCUCAAGGCUGCACGUCAAGCGUUUGACGAACCCAAUUACUCCCAGCUUGCAACAUCGCCGAGAAACCCUUCCAUAUAUGAACGUGAUUUAGGGAAUCCUCGCAUACUUGUGGGAGCGAACUAUAAGCCCCUUCCGCAGCCUUGCCCUCACGUCUUCGACUCGACGCCGAUGCGUCCUGUCGGCGUGGCCAUUCAAGAGGGCAUGGGGAUGUUGCUGGGUACAGGAACGUCUCCAGGGCAAGGGUCUCGGGGAAGUAUAUUCAGUAAUUUAUUCUGGUAA